AUGCAUGGAAGCAACCAGAGUGGAGUCUCCGAGUUCCUGCUCCUGGGGAUCUCGGAGAGUCCUGAGCAGCAGCGGAUCCUAUUCUGGAUGUUCCUGUCCAUGUACCUGGUCACAGUGGUGGGAAAUGUGCUCAUCAUCCUGGCCAUCAGCUUUGAUCCCCGCUUGCACACUCCCAUGUACUUCUUCCUGGCCAACCUCUCCUUCACCGACCUCUUCUUCGUCACCAACACAAUCCCCAAGAUGCUGGUGAGCCUUCAGUCUCAGAACAAACUCACCCACACCCUCCUCAUGACUAGGGUGACCUUCUGUGGCUCCCGGAAGAUCCACUACAUCUUCUGUGAGAUGUAUGUCCUGCUGAGGCUCGCGUGUUCUAACACCCAAGUCAAUCACACGGUGCUGAUUGCCACAGGAUCCUUCAUCUUCCUUGCCCCACUAGGAUUCAUGAUCAUGUCCUAUGUCUGCAUUGUCAGAGCCAUCCUCCGAAUACCCUCAGCCUCUAGUAAAUACAAAGCCUUCUCCACCUGUGCUUCACAUUUGGCUGUGGUCUCCCUCUUCUAUGGGACGCUUUGUAUGGUAUAUCUGCAGCCUCUCCAAUCCUACUCCAUGAAGGACUCAGUAGCCACAGUGAUGUAUGCUGUGGUGACCCCCAUGAUGAACCCUUUCAUCUACAGCCUGAGGAACAAGGACAUGCAUGGGGCUCUGGGAAGACUGCUCCUAGGGAAAGCCUUCCAGAGGUUGACAUGA